GUUCUGUGACGUAUUGUACUAGACUAGUUGUUUAUAUAAGAGACGAAUUAUCCCAAGCUAUUAGGCUACUGUCCGAUCCUGCAGCAUAUCAAUCUAUCAUGAUAGAAUACCCUCCAGGAUAAAUCUUGAAAUUUAGACGAAAAUUACCAACACAGCAAGCAGGAGCACAACGCCACUAGGCCUGCAAAGUCCCUACCUUAAAACCUCAAUCGUCCCCCGCAACAAUGGGCAUAUCCACGCCGGAGAAUGUGGUGCCCCUUACCGGAACGGUGACCAAGGGGCUCUUGGAGCGACUGAGUGGCCUCGGAAGCGUGCUGGCCGGCGGCCUCAUCGUCUACUAUAUUGGCCUGGCCGUGUACCGGCUCUACUUCCACCCACUUGCAAAAUUCCCCGGCCCACCCCUCCACGCCAUAAGCUCCAUGCCCUUCAAUAUCCAAAGCUACUUGCAAGGCAUCUUUACGUGGAAGGUUCAGGGGCUUCAUGCCAAGUACGGCAAAAUUGUACGCAUUGGGCCCAACCGGCUGGCCGUAGAAGGGUCCAUCGGGUGGACCGACGUUUACGGUCACCGCCCCGGAGGUACCGAGACCGAGUUCGCAAAACUGCAGGGGUUCUUUGGACCAGUUCCGGACCAUGGCAUCAUCGCUGCCCCGAACCGCGAGGAACACCGACGUCAUCGCCGCGCGCUCGCCCACGCCUUUAGCGACACGGCCAUGCACGAGCAGGAGCCCCUCAUUACGUAUUACGUCGACCUUUUGAUCCGCCGCAUAUCCGAAGAAACCCGCACGGGCGUUCCCUCCGAUAUGCUGAAAUGGUUCAACUACGUCAGCUUCGAUAUCAUUGGCGAUCUUUCCCUGGCCGAAUCCUUCAACGCACUUCAAACAGCGAAAGGGCACCCCUGGAUUACAAAUAUGUUUAAAGGCAUCAAAGGAGGGAACUACAACCGUUUUCUCAGAUUAACCUUCCCGAUGCUCUUGCCGAUCGCAGUCUUUUUCGACCCGACAGGUGCCAUCAAGGCCUUUUGGGAGAACCGCCUCUAUUCCGAAACCAAAUGCAAGGCUCGUUUAGCAAAAGGGGCCGACGAAGACCAAACGGAUAUGAUUGGUAGCGAUGGUAAACCAGUGGUUAGGCGAGACUUUAUCGGCUAUAUGAUGCGUGAGAACAGGGACAAAGAAAAACUCACCGAACAGGAGAUUAUACGCAAUUCCAACAUCCUUAUCAGCGCCGGCAGCGAAACGACGGCCACUUGUAUGGGGGCCCUUUCCUACCUCUUUACCCUGCCCGAGAAUCGACAGUGGCGUGAUGCCGCCGUAAACGAAGUGCGGACCCAUUUUAAAAAAGAGGCGGACAUCCAAUUGAACACCGUCGGAGCUAAUGUGCUGCCGAUUCUGCAUGCCUGCAUCGAAGAGGCACUCCGCAUUCACCCACCGGCCUCUGAGACUCCGCCACGGGUCUCCCCCGGUGCCUUUGUGGGUGGUGAAUACGUUCCCAAGGAUACAAUCGUACAAGUCUUCCAGCUCGCCACGUACCACAACCCCGACAACUUUGUUGAGGCAGAUAAAUUCCGGCCACAGAGAUUCCUGCCCCCAAGCCAUCCUUUGUACGAGCCCCGGUUCGCCAAGGACAACAUGGCCGCUUUCAAGCCCUUCAGCAACGGGCCGCGCGAUUGCAUCGGCAAAAACCUGGCCUAUACCGAAAUGCGCCUUAUCAUGUCCAGGGUCUUUCUCCGCUUUGACUUUGAGAGCCUGCUGCCAGAAAGUGAGAAUUGGCUGACGAGGCAGCGUGCCUUUACCAUUUGGGAGAAGGCGCCGUUGAUGAUUAAGCUCAAAGAAAGAACCGACCUCGAAGUCAAGGCCUGAACGGAGCCAAAAGCGUCCGUCGGUGGAGGAGGAAGGGAGGAGGAUUAUGGUGACUCCAUGUUGGCCGCAUGAGCAUCGGAGUCUCGGACAGAUAUCAUCAACUUGAAUCAUUCACGGCCUCUGGUCAGGUUUCUAGACAUUGCCGAGCCAGCCCCACUAAUUAGCUUUUUUUCCUUUUCAGUUUGUCAUGAAUUUUUCUUUGGCCUGUUUGUUAAGAACUUGAGCCUUGUACAUUUAAUUCAUUCUGGAGUGAACCGUACGAGGAACCCAUUCUCAGCUCCAUAUACAUAAACAAUAGAUUCUAUAAUAUCAUCGGUCUGUGC